CCAAUACAACCAAUCACAUCGCUUGCAUCUUUGUUGAUUAUUCUUCCAUCUUUCAGAAUCUACAAAGAAAAAAAAAGCAAACUUUUUGUGUGAAAUCCACAGAACUCUUCUCCAAACUCCUAAAGAAUCAUGCCUGAGAAGAACAUCGUAGAGGACGCCAUCGGCGAUUUGGUGGAUAACUUUACAGAUGCAGUUCAGAAGAAUAAACACGCUUCUUUCUUCGAACAACAAGAUACUGUUGCUUCUCGUUUCAACCGUUUGUUUGGUCGGGAGAAACCUAUUCAUCACGUCUUAGGCGGUGGCAGAUCUGCUGAUGUGUUGUUGUGGAGGAACAAGAAGAUCUCUGCAAGUUUUCUGGUGGGAGCUACUGCAAUUUGGGUGCUUUUCGAGUGGAUCAACUUCCAUUUCUUGUCUCUCGUUUGUUACGGUCUCUUGCUUGGUAUGAUUGCGCAAUUCGUUUGGUGUAAUGCCUCAGGUUUCCUAAACCGCUCACAGUCUAGAGUGCCUCGCCUUGUUCUUCCAAAAGAUUUCUUUGCUGAUGUCGGUGUGACCAUUGGCACAGAGAUUAACCGCGGUUUGUUGUUUCUUCAGGACUUGUCUUGUAGAGGGAACUUGAAACAGUUCCUCAUGGUGAGUACUCUUUGCUGCCAUUACAUUUUCACAUUUUGUUGUUGUUUUAUACUCCUCCCCUCAAUUUCGAAAAGAUCCACAUUUCAGAAAAAAAGUUUGUUUCAAAAAUAUGUUUUUUACCUUUUAAAUACAUGUUUAUUGAAGUUCUAUUGGUUAAAAGUUAUAAAAAUAAUUAUUUACAAAAAACAAUGCAUUUAUAAUCAAAAUUUAAUUUGUUUUUUCAAUAUGAGUGAAAAUUAUAAAAUGUAUAUCUUUUUGAAAGUAGUAUAACAUAUUAGUGCAUAGAUAAUGCUCAUAAGAGCUUUAAUCAAUCUGCACUAACAUAAUUUUCAGGCUGUGUUUGGACUAUGGAUAGCUGCAAUAAUAGGGAGCUGUUGCAACUUCUUAACUGUUCUGUACAUUGGGUUUGUGGGAGCUCACACAAUGCCUGUAGUGUAUGAGAGAUAUGAAGACGAAGUGGAUGGUUUUGUGGACUCUCUGCUGAUGAAGUUUCAUAGUCACUACAGGAAGAUUGAUUCUGGCUUUCUCAGUCGAAUCCCAAGUGGAAAGUUCGGGUUCAAGAAGCAUGACUGAAUCACAACUUCUUAUAGUUCUUUCUUAAUGUUUUGAGAAUACUCAUUGUAGAUUUGGCUAUAUGACUAAAUCAACUUCUUGACUUUCUUUCAUAGUCAUGUUAAUGUGUUCCUCUUCUCUCUAUAUUGUUGACCAUGAAAAAAUAUUGACCAUCAAAGAAGAGGAGAUCCUCCCAUAUAUUAAAUGAGAAAUCAUCAAUUAAUUAUUUUAAUUUGAUUGAUUGGUGAUUUUUUGUUUUGAUAUAUUUAGUUGAAUUUGA